UCGAGUCUCGAGAGUGUGGCUAGCUAGUUAUUUGGGGGGAGGCGCUGUAGCCAUUUCGUCACAUUAAAGACUGAAAGAGAAGCUACAUCGAGUCCCGGGGAAAAUAAAUUACCUCUCAGAUCUGCAUACAGAUUACCCCUGUGCUCCGCCGCAAAGGAGCACUAGCGAAAACUUCGAACCCCAUGCACAGCACGAGGAGGAGCGAGACCAGGACCGUGUAACGGGAUUCUAGGCAUUUUUAGGAUUCCGUUUUCCGUUUUUUUUUCUUUCUAUGCGUGUAUGUGGAGGUUGAGCGAACAGUUCUAUGAGAAUCCUGCUUGCUUUGCGGCGAGAAGAGAAGUUUGGUUGUUUGUCUAGUUGGAGGAGGGAGAAGCGAAAAAGUGGGUGAAAGAUGGUUUGGAACGCCGCGCUGAGAAGUGGCUUGAUGUGCGUCCUCGCGCUCUUGCUAGGUUUUACAUCUCCCCCGUGCAAAGCUCGGAUUUACACCAACCAUUGGGCUGUUCGGAUAACGGGGGGACCAGACUUCGCCGAUCGCAUAGCGGACAAAUAUGGCUAUAGAAACAUGGGACAGAUUGGGGACCUGAAGGAUCACUACCACUUCUUCCACAGUCGGACCAUCAAGAGGUCCACCUUGUCCAGCCUGGGGCGCCAUAACUUCAUCUCCAUGGAGCCCAAGGUGGAAUGGAUUCAACAGCAGGUGGUCAAGAAAAGGAUCAAAAGGGAUUACAAACCAAACCCACUCGUGUCUAGCUCGACCCUGACCAGCCCUGCCCAGAACAUCUAUUUCAACGAUGCCAAAUGGAGUAGUAUGUGGUACAUCCACUGUAACGAUGACAUCCAUAACUGCCAGUCUGGCAUGAACAUCAUGGGUGCCUGGAAGAGAGGCUACACAGGGAAGGAUGUGGUGGUCACCAUCCUGGACGACGGCAUCGAGAGGAACCACCCAGACCUCAUACACAACUACGACAACCAGGCCAGCUUCGACGUCAACGGCAACGACAUGGACCCCAUGCCGCGUUACGAUGCCAGCAACGAGAACAAACACGGGACACGGUGUGCAGGUGAAGUGGCAGCAUCUGCUAACAACUCCCACUGCAUUGUGGGAAUUGCCUACAACGCUCGGAUUGGAGGCGUGCGGAUGCUGGAUGGGGAUGUGACAGACAUGGUGGAGGCUAAGUCCCUCAGCCUGCAGCCCCAGCACAUAGACAUCUACUCUGCCUCCUGGGGCCCCGACGACGACGGCAAGACCGUGGACGGGCCGGCUUCCCUUGCUCGGCAGGCCUUUGAGAACGGCAUCCGCAUGGGGAGAAAGGGCCGGGGUUCCAUCUUCGUGUGGGCGUCCGGUAACGGCGGGCGCAGCCGCGACCACUGCUCGUGCGACGGCUACACCAACAGCAUCUACACCAUCUCCAUCUCCAGCACGGCCGAGAGCGGAAGGAAACCCUGGUACCUGGAGGAGUGCUCCUCCACCCUCACCACCACCUACAGCAGCGGAGAGAACUAUGACCGCAAGAUAAUCACCACGGAUCUGAGGCAGCGUUGUACCGACAGCCACACUGGGACCUCAGCUUCUGCCCCCAUGGCUGCGGCCAUCAUCGCCCUGGCCCUGGAGGCAAACUCUCUGCUGACCUGGAGGGACGUUCAGCACAUCAUCGUCAAGACGUCUCGAGCCGGUCACCUCAACGCCCCCGACUGGAAAACCAAUGCCGCGGGUUACAACGUGAGCCACCUGUAUGGCUUCGGCCUGAUGGACGCGGAGGCCAUGGUGAAGGAGGCGGAGCGAUGGAAGCAGGUGCCCUCGCAGCACAUCUGUGUGGAGAGUGCCGACCGUCAGAUCAGGACGAUCCGCCCUGAGCAUGUGGUGCGGACGGUGUACAAGGCGACGGGGUGCAUCGAUAACUCCAACCACCAUGUGAUUUACCUGGAGCACGUGGUGGUACGCAUCACCAUCACACACCCCCGCCGUGGGGACCUGUCCAUCAACCUCACCUCCCCCUCAGGAACCAAGUCUCAGCUGUUGGCCAACAGGUUGUUUGACCACUCCAUGGAGGGCUUUAAGAACUGGGAGUUCAUGACCACACACUGCUGGGGGGAGAAGGCUGCUGGAGACUGGAUCCUGGAGAUCCACGACUCACCUUCGCAGCUCCGCAGCCAGAAGGUUCCAGGCAAGCUAAAGGAAUGGUCGCUGGUUCUGUAUGGGACCUCUGUGCACCCUUACUCCUCGCUGCACGUUGAGAACCUGCGCUCUGCCGAGGCCCCCAUCGAUGAGGAGUUCACAGAGGAGUACAACGGCCCCUGUGACAGGGAGUGCAGUGACAACGGCUGUGAAGGACCCGGCCCUCACCAGUGCAGCAACUGUCUUCACUACUUCCUCAAGUUUAAGAACAACACCAGGACCUGUGUGUCGGACUGCCCUACUGGGUUUUUCCGUGACGACAGGAAACGCUGUAAGAAGUGUUCAGCUCAGUGUGACACAUGCGUGGGUAGUCGUAGCGACCAGUGCACCACCUGUCGGACGGGCUACUAUCUCAGCGAAGGCUCCAACACCUGUGUGGCCAGCUGCGAGGACGGCUUCUACUUCGACCAUGACGCCAGCAUGUGCAGGAGAUGUCAUGAGAACUGUAAAAAGUGCAGCUCAUCCAGCGUGUGCUCAGAGUGCAAGCAUGGGAUGAGCCUCCAGAACAACAAAUGUCAGAUGACCUGUGACCCCGGAACCUACUACAACGGGCACAGGAGGGCGUGUGAAGUGUGCCACCGGGCAUGUGCCACCUGCGCAGGCACGGGGAUAGAGGCGUGCAACAAGUGCGCGGAGGGCUACUUCCUGGAGGAGUGGCGCUGUGUGCCCAGUUGCAGCGUGGGAUACUACCUCUCCGAGCAGACCUCAGACAAAGGAGACGCCCUGAAGUCCUGCAAGAAGUGUGACCACAGCUGCCAGUCGUGUUCAGGUUCUGGGGAGAGGAACUGCAGCACCUGUGUGAGUGGAUACAACCUGGAGGCAGGAGUCUGUGUGGUCAGCACCAUCUGCAAGGAUGCAAAUGAAGAAUCGUGGGCGGAGGGCAGUUUCUGCGUGCUCGUUAAAAAGAACAACCUGUGCCAGCGGAAGGUGCUGCAGCAGCUGUGCUGCAGAACGUGCUCCUUAAAGGAAUGAGGAGGGAGGGCAGGGGGGGGCCGUGACCCCACCCCCCAGACAGCCCACAUGCUCGCUCGCUCACGGUCACGUAAUUUAUAAGAGAGUCCGUGCCUCUUAAAGGAACUGUGUCGGAGGUGCGAUGACAGAAGUACAACAAACCUACCUUUAUUUUUCUGUACGGGGACUCAAGGUCAGGGGUCAUACGACUGGGAUGGACAAACAAACAGACGAAUAAACAAAACUAGUCAUGUGUCGGUAUUUUGUGACCAAAGCAUCGAUGCCAAAAUAAUUGUUCCUAUUAUUAUUAUUAUUAUUAUUAUUUUAUUUUAUUUUUUUGCCAGUGUAGGAUAUGUAGCUUGAAAGGAAGUGACCCGCCCACUGAAUCUGAGUGUUCAUUGGAUGCACAGACAAACGUGAUGAACCAUGGAAGAGACAGGUGGCCUGCUUGUAAAUAAACUUCAGAAAGCUCACUUAAUAAUGUGAAAACUGUCUGGGCUUGACUUUGCUAUAUAUAUAUGUAUACAUAUAUAUAUGUGUAUGUAUAGGU